AUGGCACCUCAACUGGAAAAGGCGCUCCAGCUCAUUGACGAGGCUCAUGCUCAGGAUCCGAAGAAGGUCACAAUCGAUGGAGAGGAAGUGCCGUACGAGCUUCACUAUGCUCGCCAGAUGACCUGGUACCUCGAGAGACGCGCGCCAGAUGCCUCAGACCCUCUCAGACUCGCCAUCCGCGCACAGCACUUCCGUCGCUGGGAAGUCCCUCGCGACUCGUAUCCUAUGACGCGCAUCGGCUACCACAGCUGGAGAACGUUCCUUAAAAAGAGACAGGCUCAGCUGGUUGCUCCCAUCAUGGAAGAGUGCGGCUUCAGUGCCGAGGACAUACAAAAGACCAAGGCCAUGAUCGAGAAGCAAGGCUUGCGCGAGGGCGAUCCGGACACACAGGCCCUCGAAGACAUUGCCUGCCUCGUCUUCCUUGACGAUCAAUUCGAGGCUUUCGAGAAGACUCUUGACGAGGACAAGAUCAUUAAGAUUCUGCAAAAGACGUGGGUCAAGAUGAGCCCCGAGGGUCACAAGAUGGCUCUCGAGCUGCACAUGUCGCAAAGAUGUCAAGAGUUGGUCGGAAAAGCCUUGAGUGCUUGA